CUGGUCCUUCCUCUGCUCGCCUCCAGGAUCCGAUGAUCACAGGGCAGCUGAGCAAACCGCUGCUCCCCCUGCGUGCCAAUAUGGACGCCUGCGAGCUGCGGGAUGAUGACAAAGCGGCCAGCCCGGACAGCGAGCUCAACGACGAGCCCUUGCUGCUGUCAGCUGACACGGACUCAGAGGAGAAGAUGUAUGGGGGGAGAGUUGGUUCGGUUCAGUCUGAUACAAGCAGCAGCCCCACAGAACAUGGGCAUCUGGGCCAAACUCACCCUACAUACCCAGUAGGACCACAGUCUCUACUGGUUGCCCAGCAGCUGGCAUCGGCUGUUAGUGGAGUGAUGUCCGGUGGUGCCCCGGGUCUGAACCAACCCAUUCUGAUCCCCUUUAAUGCUGGUGGGCAUCUGGGUGGGCAGCAGGGCCUAGUUCUGUCUGUGCCAACCGCUGCCAACAUACAGGGCCUGGUGGCAGCUGCUGCUGCUGGAGGAAUCAUGACACUCCCCCUUCAGAACCUGCAAGCUACCUCAUCCCUUAACUCACAGCUCCAGCAUCUCCAACAGCUACAGCAACUUCAGCAUCACCAGCAACAGCAACAGCACCAUCAUCAACAACAACAACAGCAACGGGAACGAGAGCAUCGCGAGCGAGAACGAGAACAACAACGAGAACGAGAGCAGCAGCAACAGCAACAGCACUGUGGCCCAACGCAUCUCCAGCCAACCAGUCAUCAUCAGCUCACUCCUCCGAUCCAAUCUCAAGUGACUGGGCCUAUGCCAAGCUCCACCUCCACCAAUCAUAACUCAGCUCAGUCUCCCCAGUCUCCACCCAUUCACAGGCAAAACCAAUCACCAGCUCAUAGCUUGCCCUCACCUGUCACACCUCCUCUGCCACUACAGCUUAACCCUCUGGCCAGUCAGGCAGCGGUUGCUGCGGCAGCAGCGAUGGGUUCAAUUGCCGGGUCACAAGUGUUUGGUAAUGCACUCUCAAGUCUGCAGGGGGUCACUGGGCAGCUGGUCACCAAUGCACAAGGACAGAUCAUUGGUACAAUCCCUCUGAUGCCAAACUCUGUUGGACCUUCCAGCCAAUCAGGGGGUGGCACGCCCUCACUGCAGGUUCAACCAAUCACACCACAGCUGCUGACGAAUGCGCAGGGUCAGAUUAUAGCCACUGUGAUUGGCAACCAGAUCCUGCCAGUCAUCAACACCCAGGGAAUCACAUUGUCACCUAUUAAACCUGGACAGCAGUUGCCGCAGGCCGCUCAGACUCCGCAAGCUCCUCCUGUGUCUCAGCCGAGUCUGCUCCGUAUGCCCCACAGUCAAAGCCCCCUCCGCCAGGCCUCUUCCUCCUCCUCAACAUCAUCAUCUUCCUCCUCGGCUCUCAGCGUUGGACAGCUAGUCAGCAAUCCUCAGACUGCCGCCAGUGAGGUGGAUGGUGUAAACCUGGAGGAGAUUCGAGAAUUCGCCAAAGCAUUUAAAAUUCGCCGGCUGUCUCUGGGUCUGACUCAAACUCAGGUGGGCCAGGCUCUCAGUGCAACUGAAGGCCCCGCCUACAGCCAGUCUGCCAUCUGCAGACACACCAUCCUGAGAAGCCACUUUUUUCUACCACAGGAAGCCCAAGAGAACACUAUAGCUAGCAGUCUGACAGGUAAACUGAACCCUGGCCUUUUAUAUCCUGCCAGGUUCGAGAAGUUGGACAUCACCCCAAAAAGCGCCCAGAAGAUUAAGCCCGUGCUGGAGCGCUGGAUGGCCGAGGCGGAAGCCCGCCAUCGCUCCGGUAUGCAGAACCUGACCGAGUUUAUCGGCACCGAGCCCUCCAAGAAGCGCAAACGCCGGACCUCUUUCACGCCACAGGCCCUGGAAAUCCUCAACAGCCACUUUGAGAAGAAUACUCAUCCCUCCGGUCAGGAGAUGACGGAAAUCGCGGAGAAACUAAACUAUGAUCGCGAGGUGGUGCGUGUCUGGUUCUGCAAUAAGAGGCAAGCAUUGAAAAACACUAUAAAACGACUGAAGCAACCGGAGCUUGGGCCAGUUGCAGCUAUGGACCCUCUGAUUGAUAACAUGGAAGAGCAUCCUUAA